CUCAUCCCAUAGCACUAUUUAAGUAUUUAUUCCUCUUCCUUCCUCUCGUUUGUCCUUUUUACUCUUCCUCUUCCGUCAUCGUCAUCAUCUUCUGGCGGUUACUGUACAAAACCAAAUCCGUGCAUCAGAAGCAGCGACGACCUUAAAACUCCGUCUCAGGAAGCUCGUUGAUCCAAGAAAGAACCACAAAUGACGACGGCAGCGCGACCUACAUGGGCUCCGGCGAAGGGUGGCAACGAACAAGGAGGUACCCGAAUUUUCGGUCCCUCACAGAAAUACUCUUCCAGGGACAUCGCUUCCCACACCACCCUCAAGCCCAGGAAAGAAGGCCAGGACACAGAGGAGGAAUUGAAGAGAAGGAACCUACGUGAUGAGCUAGAAGAGCGUGAGCGGAGGCAUUUCUCAUCGAAAAAUAAAUCUUAUAACGAUGACGGAGAUCGAGGAAAGGGUAACCAUCUUUUGUUGGAAGGUGCAAGGAGAGACAUUGAAGAUCGCAUUGUUGCACGUAGUAUUGAUGCAGAUGAUUCUGAUGUUGAAGUCAAAAGUGACAAUGAGAGUGAUGAUGACGAUGACGAUGACGACGAGGAUGACACUGAAGCUUUGAUGGCCGAGCUCGAACAAAUAAAGAAGGAAAGGGCAGAAGAAAAGCUACGCAAGGAACGGCAAGAACAAGAGGAAGAGCUUAAAGUAAAGGAGGCAGAGCUUCUGCGAGGAAACCCUUUGCUAAAUAAUCCUACGUCAUUCAGCGUGAAAAGAAGGUGGGACGAUGAUGUGGUGUUUAAGAACCAAGCCCGUGGUGAAACCAAGGUGGCCAAGCGAUUCAUCAAUGAUACCAUAAGGAAUGAUUUCCACAGGAAAUUCCUGCAAAAAUACAUGAAGUAAGGGCUCGUGUAGAAGCCUGAGUUGUUUCGAGUUGAAGAAGAAACUCGCUCAUUUCCAGCUUGUGUUUUGUAUCUAAAUGUAUGAUUUACUUGUGAUGGAUGAAUUUACUGAUAUUUUCUUA